AUGGUUCAUGUCCGUCACGUUCUUGUCACGGCCGUUCUGGUCUGUGCUGGCUGGGUCGUUACCUCGAGCAGGCUUUAUGAAGGCUCGAUAGACGGCAGCGCAGCCGACUCCUUGGGUCAUCUCAAUGUUCGCCGGUUCGAGGGCCCCUCGACCGCGGAUGGCGACUUGGAGAAGCGCAAGACACCAACACCGAGAAGUCCAUUCCGCCCAAGCAGUCGAGCGCUACCACGUCCAAACGCGAAACGACCGCGGAACGGGACAGAGGCGUCACGCCUUGCCGGAAGUGAUCCAAAAAGCUCUUCUAUCUCCAAGAGCAUCAUCGGCACCACUACGGCGACGAUGCCUAUGCGGGCUGCUGCCACCGCUCGUGAAUUUCCAGCUUCACUCAAGACACCUAGCUCUAAUCCGAUGGUCACGUUAACGGCCAAGGCACCCGAGGCCGCUGAUGAACAUAUCAAGACAGCUGAGGCCCUGGAAAAACCUGCUAAGCCGACCCCUCACUUUACCCUUAUCAAUGCGUAA